AUGCUCCUCUCUCUCGGCAAAGGGGCAGCGCUGCUGUCCCUCGUAUCGUGGGCCCUCGCCAUCGACCCGCCGCGACAUCCUCACCAGCCGACUGGCAACGGCGAGCGCCUCCUCACGUACAACGAGACGGUCACGUCGCGCAAGAUCCGCACGUCGUCCAUCUCGGUGCGCUGGGCCUCCACGGGCGACGACGGGCAGUACAUCACCACCAACGACAAGGGCGACCUGGUGCUCGAGAACAUCGCCACCAACGCCUCCAAGAUCUUCGUGCCCGCGGCGCAGAUGCCCAACGGCACGGGCGAGUACUGGAUCCGCCACGACAACCGCGCGCUGCUCGUCUCCGCCAACGCGACCAAGCAGUACCGCCACUCGUACUUUGCCGACUACUUCAUCCUCGACGUCGCGUCCGGCAAGAAGACGCCGCUGGUGGAGGACCAGGCCGGCGACAUCCAGUACGCCGUGCAGGCGCCCAAGGGCGAGUCCAUCGCCUUUGUGCGCGGCAACGACGUGUACCUGCGCGACGGCGACGGCAAGGUUACGCGGAUCACGAGCAAUGGCGGCCCGGACAUGUUCAACGGUGUGCCCGACUGGGUGUACGAGGAGGAGAUUCUCGGCGACCGCUUUUCGCUCUGGUUCUCGCCCGACGCAAAGUACGUUGCGUUUUUGAGCUUCAACGAGACGGGCGUGCAGACCUUUACCAUCCCGUAUUACAUGGCGGGCAAGAAGGUCGCGCCCCCGUACCCCAAGGAACUGGAGCUGCGCUACCCCAAGGUCGGGUCCAAGAACCCGACAGUCGAGUUCAACAUUCUCGACGUGCAGGCCAAAAAGUUCAGCGCCGUCCCGAUCGAUGCGUUCCCCAAGGAGGAGGCCAUCAUUGGCGAGGUCGCAUGGGUCACCGAGGGGCACUCGUCCGUCAUUUAUCGCGUCUUCAACCGUGUCCAGGACCUCGACAAGCACGUCAUUGUCGAUCCCAAGACGAAAACGUCCAAGGUCGUCCGCGAGCGAGACGGCACGGACGGGUGGCUCGAGAACACUCUCGCCAUCCAGUACGUCGGCAAGCUCAAGGGCAGCUGCAACAGGACCUACUACGUGGACCUCUCGGACGAGUCGGGCUGGCAGCACGUCUACCUCUACCCGACGGACGGCAGCAAGCCCAUCCAGCUCACGUCCGGCGACUGGGAGGUCCUGUCGAUCCUGUACGUGGAUGCGAAGCGCAGCCUCGUCUACUAUGUUGCGACGACGCAUCACAGCACCGAGCGGCACGUCUACAGCGUGUCGUGGAAGACCAAGAAGAUUACGCCGCUCGUCGACGACAAGGUCUCGGCCACCUGGACGGCGACGUUCUCCUCCAAGGGCGGCUACUACAUCCUGACGUACAGCGGGCCGGACGUGCCCUACCAGGAGCUGUACGCGUCCAACAGCACCAAGCCGCUCCGGACGCUCGUGGACAACAAGAGCGUGUACAAGAUCAUCGACGAGUACAAGCUGCCCAACAUCACCUACUUUGAGCUCAAGCACCCCGACGGCUUCUCGCUCAACGUCCGGCAGACGCUGCCGCCCAACUUUGACGCGUCCAAGAAGUACCCGGUGCUGUUUAACCCCUAUGGCGGACCCAACUCGCAGCAGGUGGUCAAGCAGUUCCAGGCGUACGGGUGGAACGCGUACAUUGCGUCGGAGCCGGAGCUGCAGUUCAUCACGUACGUCGUCGACAACCGCGGCACGGGGUCCAAGGGCCGCAAGUUCCGCAGCGCCGUGGCAGGCCACCUGGGCCGGCUGGAGCCCAAGGACCAGAUCUGGGCGGCGCAGCAGCUCAUCGCGCAGAACGGCUUCAUCGACGCCGACCACGUGGGCAUGUGGGGGUGGUCGUUUGGCGGCUACCUGACGGCCAAGACGAUCGAGCAGGACUCGGGCGUCUUCACGUUUGGGCUCAGCACGGCGCCCGUGUCGGACUGGCGCUUCUACGACUCCAUGUACACGGAGCGGUACAUGAAGACGCUGGGGGCCAACGCGGCGGGGUACAACGAGACGGCGGUGCGCAAGACGGCCGGCUUCAAGAGCGUGGCGGGCGUCUUCUCGCUCAUGCACGGCACGGGCGACGACAACGUGCACUUCCAGAACGCGGCGGCACUCGUGGACCUGCUCGUCGGCGGCGGCGUGUCGCCCGACAAGUUCAAGAUGAUGGCCUUUACGGACAGCGACCACGGCAUCAGCUACAACGGCGCGAGCACCUUUAUAUACAAGUUCCUCACGGCCCGGCUGUGGGACGAGGUCCAGCGGAAGCCCGGCAAGGGCCUGGUGCACCAGUGGAGCAGGAAGUCGGUCGGAGGACACGCGGGCGAGGCGCGAUAG